UUAGAGGAUUAGGCAAUUGGCAGCGCAGGGCUGUAACUCGGGGCAGGGCUGGGCUCCAGGACUGGACAGCGCAGUCCCUCCGAGCUGCACGGAGACCUCUCAGGCCCCGGGAACUGUCACCCUUCCACGAUGUGGCUCCGUGCUCUUGUCCUGGCCACUCUUGUUGCUUUCACGGCUUGGGGGCACCCGUCCUCGCCACCUGUGGUGGACACCGUGCAUGGCAAAGUCCUGGGGAAGUUCAUCAGCUUAGAAGGAUUUGCACAGCCUGUGGCCGUUUUCCUGGGAAUCCCUUUUGCCAAGCCGCCUGUUGGACCCCUGAGGUUUACUCCACCGCAGCCUGCAGAGCCAUGGAGCUUCGUGAAGAAUACCACCUCUUACCCUCCUAU